AUGCAGACCAACCACGUUAUCGGAAUUAUAGUUAUUGCCUUCAUGGCCUUUAUGAUUUUAUUCGGUAUAGGCAUUUACCACUCUAUUCAAGCCAUACAGAGACGUCGCUUCCGGGGAGCCCAGCUUCUUGCAGAACCGACGAUGAGUGGAACACAAGGGACUCGAUCGCUAUUUUCCUCGUUAGAAUCCUCACAUCAAUGGAGUCAAGAAUCCCGAUCGUCGAGUUCGACGCAAUCACAUUCGACUCGGGCCUCGUCUCAAUGGAACGAUAAAAGACAUCGUGCGACCGAAGCAAGGCCUAAAAGAUCUCAUAGACUCCCCGAUAUCAUGGAAGAAUGGCCAAAUGAGGGAUUCCGAGGAAUUUCACCAGAAGAUACCUCCCAAGGAACAGCGGAGUCUCUUUCACAGCUAGAACAAGAGAUGCCAGGUUCUUAUAACCGAUCCAUCAGACCCGGUGAACGUCAAGUCGGGCUUGGUAUUGCUCAUGGAAAGGAACGUCUUGUACAUUCAUAG